UCUCUCUCUCUUUCCUUGCAAAACUAUCUCUUCUCUCGCUCGCCGACGAGACAGGAAGAACGACCAUUGUUGACUCUUUACCAGAGAUUCAGCAGUUUUGAUUUUUAUUUUUGAACAAUCUCUCUCUCCAUUUCUUCGUAAGAAAAAAAGAAGAAGAAAGUCUCGUCCUCUUUUGUAAGUUCAUCUUGGUUCUCUCUAAUCGAUUUCAAGAGAGAGUUGAGCUAACAUCAUCAGAUCUUGGGGAAAUGGAAAGCAGUUACUCUGUCAUUUCCAAAAACUCUUACGUCGAGUUACAGAAACAGACCAAACCUUCUACCAAGUUGCUUCCUUCCGAUGAAGAAACCUUCGUCAACGAUUUCGACGAUGAUACCCGUAGCCUUGUCGUGGGCGAUGAAGAAGCCGAUGAUCUAGAAGACUUCGAUAUCUCUAAUUACCCACUCGUCAAUGCCAAAUCCAAUCAAAACGGAUCUGGGAUCUACGGCGCCGUUUUCAACCUCACCACAUCCAUCAUCGGCGCCGGGAUCAUGGCAUUACCCGCCACCAUGAAAGUCCUCGGCUUGGUUCUAGGUUUUGUUCUAAUCAUCCUCAUGGCCAUUUUGUCAGAGAUUAGCGUCGAGCUUUUGAUUAGAUUCUCAGUUCUUUACAAGUCGAGAUCUUACGGCGAGGUUGUGCAGUUCGCGAUGGGGAAAACCGCUAGGGUUUUGUCUGAGAUUUGCAUCAUCGUCAACAACGGCGGCGUUCUCGUUGUUUACCUUAUCAUCAUGGGUGACGUCAUGUCUGGUUCUCUUCAUCACAUUGGUGUUUUGGAUCAGUGGUUAGGGAAUGGCUUCUGGGAUCACCGUAAAGUUUUGAUUUUGUUUGUUAUGCUUGUCUUCUUGGCUCCUCUCUGUGCUUUGAACAAGAUUGAUUCCUUGAGCGUUACUUCUGCUGCUUCCGUUGCUCUCGCUGUUGUCUUUGUUGUUGUCUGUUUCGCUGUGGCUACGAUUAAGCUUAUUGAAGGAACUAUUGAUACUCCGAGGAUGAGUCCUGAUUUUAGUUCCAAAGAAGCCAUUUUGGAUCUUCUCGUGGUGAUUCCCAUCAUGUCAAACGCUUAUGUUUGUCAUUUCAAUGUUCAGCCCAUCUAUAACGAGCUCGAAGGUCGAUCUCCUCAUAAGAUGAACAAAGUUGGGAGAAUCACGACAGCUAUUUGUGUUGUUGUCUAUGCUUCAACUGCUAUUUCAGGUUAUCUUCUCUUCGGUUUGGCCACCGAAGCUGAUAUAUUGACCAACUUUGAUCAAGAUCUCGGCAUCCGUUUCAGCUCUGCUGUGAAUUACAUUGUCAGAAUUGGAUACAUUCUCCAUCUUGUUCUCGUCUUUCCCGUGAUUCAUUUCUCCUUGAGAGAAACUGUCAAUACCUUGUUGUUUGAAGGCUCGCCUCCUCUGUCUGAAAGCAAAAAGAGAUCUUUGGGGCUCACAUUGAUCUUGUUGGCUCUUAUUUACAUCGGCUCGACCAUGAUCCCAAAUAUAUGGACUGCUUUCAAAUUCACAGGUGCAACAUCAGCGGUUUCUCUUGGUUUUACCUUCCCUGCUUUGAUAGCAUUACGGUUAGGGAAACAGAGCAAUUCGUUAAGCCUUGUGGAGAGAUCUGUGUCGUGGUUGAUGCUAAUCUUAGCGGUGGUGGUUAGCAUUGUGGGAACCGUUGGCAACAUUUACAGCAUCAGAAGCAAAUCAGAUUGAUGAAGAAUACUACACUUUGUUUAGUGGUGUUUACAGUAUCUUGUAGAUUUUAUUAUACAAAUCAGAGAUUCUCAGUCCAAUACAGAACAGGAAGUCUUCAGUUGUUUUUUUGUGACUGCUACAUGCCACCUUUAGAGGAUUAGAUGGCCUUUGUUCAGGGCUAAGUCCACGGGUUUGCCGUUUGUGAAUUGUUUCAGGUAACCAGAUGAUUAUCAUACCCCAUGACUUCUAUGUAUACAGACUAAGAUUCUUAUUGAUAUUUUUUUAAUAUAUAUACGCAAUUUUUGAUGCUUUUUGAUGAAUAAAAUCUCCUUAAAC